AUGUCGCCUGAAAAUGCCGUGCACACAACUGCCGAUGCCGCCGCGAAAUGCCCGAAUGGCCGCCGGGGAAGCUACCGGAUUAUGGACGAAGGAGGGGAUGAAAAGAUCGAGUCGUUUGUGUGGCUUCUGCAAACUUUCAAAAAGUCAAUGGGAGGCAAAAAGUCCAAUAUCUAUCUUUACAGAUCAGGAUACAGCAAUGAACAAUGCCAUCAAUCAGGUAAAAUUCAAGGAUUUAUUCUUAAAGUUGAAGUUGUCUGUGUCUUUCCAGACGCAAGACACAGAUUAUGUGUAUGGCAUUUGAAUCAGAAUGCUAUUACAAGUUGGAGAUCAAUGUUGCAAACAUAUGAGCUGAUAGGGGAAGAAUGGUUUACAAAUGUACACGAUUUGAGAGAAAAAUGGUGUCCUGCCCUAAGCAAAGAUUUAUUUUCUGCUGGAAUUUUGUCUUCACAACGAAGUGAAAGCAAAAAUCACGCUAUCGGCUUUAGAGCAAACACAACAACAAGUUUAACCGACUUCUAUAGAUUGUUCAAUGGAACAAUGCAGCGUUGGAAAAGUACCGAAAAGGAAGUUGAAUUCUCUUGUAGUAAAUCAGUUGCAUCCUCGUCUUUACCACUAUCUGGAUUGCUAAAACAUGCAUCAGAAGUUUACACGCUGUCACUUUUUAGAGACUUUGAAGAGGAAUUUGGCUACUCGAUUGCAACAACAUCGAAAUUGAUUUGGACACAAGGUAAUACUCAGUUCUAUGGCGUGUCCAUUGACGAAGAACCUUGGUCUGCACAGAGAGGUAUUGCACCUUCAUUCAGUAAACCAGAUUCUAGAACAGUGCAUAAAAAGAGGUGGAAAAAAUCUGCCAAGUCAUCGGUUUGGAACAAAUUAGAAAAUGAAAACCCGAAAGAGGUUCAGUACACACCUUGGUGCCAAACCAUGGCUAGAAAAUACUAUAACCUUAUCUUGAAAAGCCAAUCAAAUGAGGAGACGAGAACCCUUAUGGAGGAUGGUUAUGUCGCUACUGUGUCUCUAGUUGAUGAACUUCUAGUGUCAUUGAAUCUUUCGAAUGUUGAAGAUGCUUUAACCACACAAAAAAGUGGAACACCAACACCUGAAACAAGCACAUCACGAGCACCAGAAACAAACACUGACAGGUAA